AUGUCGUCGUCUAGCGGCGUAAAGAUCGAGGGCGGGAAGGAUUUCCUUGAAGCCCUGAAGGGUCAGAUCGAGGCGAAUCUGGCACACUAUGAGCGCGUUCCGGGACCGUUGCAUAUGAGCAAGCAGGACGAAUUUGACUUGGGCCAGUUUGCUACGCAGAAGACUUUCGAGAAAGAACUCACGAAGCAGACAGGACUCAAUGUGAAGCAAAUCGUCUACAACGCAGCGCCAGCCAUCUUGUAAUGAGAUUGACUUACGAAUUACCUCUACCUCCACUUCUUCACUCAUUCCAUUCUAGGCCCCUCAAUAAUCCAGUCGGUUAGAUUUAUGGACAAGCUACAUUAUUCCCGAGGAUGACCGAUUCGAUGGUUGAUAGAAAAUCACCUCACGCAUGACAUGCCAUGACAAAUCCGCUUCCGUCUGGCACCUUUUCACCUCUGGGUGUUUAUCGUUUUCUAUGGGUAGGAGUUCUAGUAACAAGUGAGGCAUCGUAUGGACAUGAAUGAUUUUUUAACUCCAUUUGUUUACUCAUUCUUGUUCUUCCUUGUAGGUACGAGGAUGCCCUGCGUGCAGAGGAGGGAUCGUUCAUUUCGUCGACGGGAGCUCUCGUUGUUUCCAGUGGUGCCAAGACAGGCAGGUCGCCGAGUGAUAAGCGAAUUGUAGAUGAGCCUGUUGGCUGGUGGGCUUUUACGAACGAAGUCUGGUGGGGAAAGGUAGAUCGAUUGAUUUUGGAUCUUGUGUAGUACUUCUAGGUGUGGCGUUCUUAGCAUACCGACAUUCCACGGCUGUUGCUGUGUAGUAUAAUUAUGGGUUGAACAAGAUAGUCUUUGUCUUCCAAAAAUCUAGCCAGACACGAGGAUGCGUUUCAUUUUGAAUGUUCAAAAACGCAGGUGAACAUCAAGCUUGACGAUGAGAGUUUCUUGGUGAACCGCGAGCGCGCUGUUGAUUACCUGAACACGCAGAAGAAGAUUUAUGUGGUCGAUGCCUACGCCGGUUGGGACCCGAAGUACCGCAUCAAGGUGCGCGUCAUUUGCUCCCGCGCGUAUCAUGCGCUCUUCAUGCAGAACAUGCUCAUCAUGCCCGAGAGCAAGGAGGAGUUUGGCUCCCCGGACUUCAUCAUCUAUAACUCUGGCUGCUUCCCGGCGAAUCGCUACACAAAGGGAAUCACCUCAAAGACAUCGAUCUGCAUGCAUUUUCGCCGCAAGGAAAUGGUCAUUCUCGGUUCAGAGUACGCCGGAGAAAUGAAGAAGGGAAUCCUCACGCUCAUGAUGUAUUCCUAUAUAUGUACCAGGGAGAGAGGCCCCCCCUGUGGAUGGAUCUGUGGUGGACCACGCCAGAGGGGUCCAGCCUGGCCACCUUUGCCAGGUCUGUCGGGUACAUGCAGAACGCCAAGGGGGUGGGUCCCGCCUUGCCUCCUCUGCCAGCUCUGUCGGGUACCUGCAACACGCCAGAGGGCUGCCUUGCCAUCUUUGCCAGGUCUGUAGGGUACAGGCAACACGACAAGAGGGCCCAGCCUUUGCCACCUUUGCCAGGUCUGUAGGGCACAUGCAACAAGCGGGAAGGGAUCAGAAGUGGGCGCUUUGAGGCCUUCCCGCCCGCCAGCCCCUCGAAAAGAGGGCCCGGGGCUGGGAGGCCCCCCCCCUCAAAAAGUUAGAUCGGGGGGGCUUCAGCCCUGAGCCCUGGAGCAUAUUUAUAUUUAGAAGAAUUGUUUUUGCAUUAUGUCUUGAUGACCCGUUCCGAUAAUCUGAUCCCCCGGCUUUCACUUUCAUCUCAAUGAAACAAAACAACGAAAAGCGGCGAGGGCCUUGCUUUGUAUGAUUGAUGUAUCUUGUAUUGCACGGAAAAGAGUAUUCGCAUUCAAAUCCCAAAAAUUUCUGUCUUUAUAUCUAAGUUUAGUAUCUAGUUAACUAGGUACUUCGCUAUCUAGUGAACGAGAUUAAAGUGGGCUGCAGAUUCUUCCAGGCGCGACCGGGUGGAGAUCGAUAUGAUGACGACAGGAGGAGGCUGAGACUCAAGUCCAAGGAUCCACGUGGGCUAUAGGCCAUGCCCCCAUGAAAUCAAAAGAUCAAAGACUGUUGGCACACAUGCGCCAGCACCUGGCGCCGCAGACGACCACCGAGUCUGUGAUCUUAUCACUUCUUUGGGAGAUCGUCUCUAGCCCAAGUGCAUCCUUGGCCUUCCACUUCAGCUGAGUCCUGCCGCCAUCAUCCUCGUCGCCACCUGGUCUUGCCUGGAGGAUUCUGCAGCCCACGCCUCAAGUAGCUAAUUAACAUUUAACUAGAUACUGAAUAGCAUACUUAUGUUAACUAUCUAAACUAAAACUUUUGGAAAUUGAAUACGAGCACUCUUUUAUGUGCAAUAUCUUGUGUGUUAUAAUAUAUCAGGUAUGCGAUGCCGCAGCAGCAACAAUUGCCUUUACAUUCGUCUUGUAAUGUCGGGAAGAAGGGUGAUGUCUCGUUCUUCUUCGGCUUAUCCGGCACCGGGAAGACCACACUAAGUGCAGAUCCUGAACGCUACCUGAUCGGCGAUGACGAGCAUGUAUGGAGUGACACUGGCGUCUUUAACAUCGAGGGUGGCUGCUACGCCAAGGUACACAUGAUGCACGGCUUCAAAAGUUUUUCAAUAUCGACAACUGUUUCUUACUUGACAGUCGACUUUUGUGCAUCUGGUUUUAGUGAUGAUUGAAUACUUCCUUAGUCUCUCUGGUCUUCAGAAGGAGGCUGUCAGUCUUAAGUAUGCCUCCCUUUUCCUACACAGGCUAUUGAUUUGUCGCGGGAGAAAGAACCGGAGAUCUGGGAUGCGAUUAAAUUUGGAACUGUAGUUGAGAACGUCGUCUUCGAUCAAAACACGCGUGAGAUCGAUUACCAUGACACUAGCAUAACAGAAAACACACGUGCCGCUUAUCCAUUGCAUUUCAUUCCGAACGCGUUGAUUCCGGCAAAGGUGGAUACUCAUCCGUCCUCCAUUGUCCUGCUGUGCUGCGACGCUUUCGGAGUUCUGCCUCCAGUCUCAAAGUUGACAGCGGCACAAGUCCAGUAUUACUUCAUCAGCGGAUACACGGCGAAAGUCGCAGGUAAUCACUUUGCAGAAGCCCUUUUUUGAAGCAAGUGUUUGGUUGUAUGAUGAGUGCUACCAGGAUUAGUCUCUAUGGGCACUACGGACAGUGUCAUCAGGGGCACAUACAUGACAUGAUGAGUGCUAAUUUUGCAUGCAGUUGCAGCAGAACUAUUAGUAAGCGCGAGUCAAUGUGUUGGAACACCCGAACACGCCCAAGCGCACCACGAAGCUCCUGAGGGCGAAAGGAGUUGCUCCCGUUUGACGCAAUGGAACAGAAAGAGGACCAGAGCGGGCGCGUCGCGUGAUCACUGACCGCCCAAGGCCCUGAAUUGGUACCGGCAUGGGCUCAAUGUCGUGGGGUGUCAUUAACUAAGGGCAACGGUGUAGCGAUUGACCUGGGGGGAUCGAUCACGUUGAUCAUUCACGUGCAUAGUGAUGCAGUCACUAGCUGCGCCAUAUCGUCUCGCCUUUCAUCUUCAUGAUAUAAAUGAUGGAGCUGUAGACGUGUAAGACCACGAGCAACGGAGUGGGCGCAGUCAUUCAUUAAGUCACUGAGUUCAAGUAGCGACCACGUGAGGAAGUGACUCAUUGGGUUUAAGUAGCGACCACAUAAGGAACCAGCGAAAGAGCAAGACAAGGAACGGCGUCGGCCAUGAUCAUGGUCUGGCGACGAGAGCGCGCAGCCACUUGGCAUUGGAAUCAGGCUCAUUCGUAGGGUCCGGAGUAGGUCUAGACCAUUGGCCAACAGAAUGACAAACGAGCGGAGUGGUCCUUUUUUUGUAGGGGAGAGCUUUGGCCUUUCUUUAGUCCUCAGGAUUGAACUUCCUCAAAGUACUCGAAAACUGAAAAUAAGCGAGUUACUGACUGAAAUAAGGGAUGUAGCUUUGACAGGGCUACCCUUCCUUGUUCAGUAUCUCGCUUGUUUUCAGUAGUUACUUGCUUAUUUCAGUUUUUCGAAUAGAUAGAAGAAUCGCCAUUGCUUUUGUUUGAUGAUAAUGAAAAUCCCCAUGCAAAAAUGUCCAGACCUGUGGUUGCACUCCCGGUUAUACUUGAUAGCUUAUCAAUCGGUUACUCUGCUCUUCAACAGAAGGUACCGGAUAGUUGAAAGGCCUCGAAGGUGUUAGCAUAACACAUAAAAGAGGAUCCAUGACAUGACAUGACAAAAAUACUCUAGGUACCGAAAUCGGUGUUACGGAGCCUACGGCCACCUUUAGCGCUUGCUUCGGCGCGCCAUUCUUGGUGUGGCAUCCUAUCGUAUAUGCUGAGAUGUUGGCAAAGAAACUCGCCACACACAAUUGUCAUGCAUACCUUCUCAACACUGGCUGGACCGGCGGCGGCUACGGUGUCGGAAAGCGCAUGAGCAUUCCGUACUAUUUCUUAUAUAUCGUUUGAUUAGAUUGGUGUUUUGUUACUUACAUGAAAAUGAAGUUUACUAGGUUGUUCACGAAACUGACAACUUCCACGUCCAUUGUUCUAUCAGAAGAUUUAUUGCUCGAGUAAAUUGACACUUAAAAAGUGACUUAAGUCUUCCUCGUCUACCGAAGUGAAGUAGUUGUGCUAUUUGUGCAUCUGCGUCGUGGAGAUAAUUGUAAUGAACUUCGACUAAUAUGAUGAACUAUAGGCACACGCGGAAGUUGGUGAAUGCGAUCCACAAUGAGGAACUCCUCGAUGUCGAGUACGACGACAUGCCCCUGUUCGGGCUGAAGGUGCCGAAGACAGCCCCUGGCGUUCCAUCCGAGAUCCUGAAUCCAAGGAAGGCCUGGAAAGAUGGAAAGGCCUACGACAGCGCGCUUGAGAAACUCUACGAGUUGUUCCGGAACAACUUCGUCGAGUACGCGGACCGCUGCCCCCUCGAAGUGCGCCAGGCAGGACCUUACUUCUAA